AUGAUAUCAAAAAGAAAUCAACUUAAGCUCAGAAAAGAUCUUGAUAAUAAGAGUAUUGAACUAUUAAGAGUAUCAAUUCAAAAUGAUUACGAAGAUUUGAUGAAGACUCCAUGUAGCAAGCAUUUUCUUAAUAGUGCAAAUAAUGAAAUAAUGGCUAAAAGAUUUCUCCAAAAAAAAUUACCACCAAAUAUGCUUCCUGAUAGUACCAGAUUUGAUAAAGCGAAUCCACUAAAUCUCAUACCAUCAGACGAAAGUGGAGACGAAGAUCCAUUAUUUGAUGAUACAAAUGAUAAUGUUCCGGAUCCAAAUGAAAUUCCCGAUUUAUCCCCUAGCAACCCGCAAAUGUGGAGAUUUUAUAACCAAAAUCAUGAGACAUUGCUUACAAUCCCAGAACUACCCGAUGAUGUCAACACAUUUAUUCUAGAAAUGAUGCGCCAAAGCAAUUCAGAUGCUGCCUUCAAGCUAUGCACUGAAAAUUAUGCUACAGCGAUUUGUGAGAUUACCUUUUCUUUAACCUGUUCUAAGCCGUCACAAAUUCCAAUUCAUUAUGUAUGUGGUUUUUACAAAACCAUAGAUGGAAAUGAUAUGCUAGAAUGUGAUUCCAUAGGACACACGGAAGUUGACAAUAUUGUCAAGAUAUUUUUGUAUAUUGUAGACGGUUUGAACAAAGAUCUUGGAAUACGUCAAAAAUGGCAAGUUAAUGCUCCGAGGUCUGGUUUGGAGUUAGCAACAGGAAAGAGAGCGUUUGAUGGAGAGACUUUUGAAUUCGAUAAGGGAACGCCAAAAUGCUACCUAGAAUUAGCCAAAAGAUGCAUGAAAUCUGAUUGUCAGA